UCAGGAAUGACGGUAUUCUAUUGGCUGACGCUCUGAUGAGUCCACAACGUUCUAGCAUCGCUCUAUGGCGUCCAAAACACUGAACGUAGCGAUCCUAGAUCCCACGGGCUACAGAAACAGGCCGUGAUAGUUGAAGGCCGCGUUUUGAGCGGUUUAUUAGAGCUCUAAAAAUGGAGAACGCCGUAUGCGACCAGCUCCAUCUCGCACGUCCUCCCCGUGACGCAUAAUUUAUGGGCUCGCGAGGAAGGUUAAAGAGAAUCUCGAGGACUCCAGCUUGAUCGAUGCACGACCUGGAUACUCACGUCGCGCGCGGAACUGUGCGGAAUUAGGGAAUGGCCGGAAUUGGGAAUAGUUCAACAUCUGGAAUGGGUGACAUCAUCCAGCUGAAUGUCGGAGGAACGAGAUUUAGCACAUCAAGGCAGACUCUGACUUGGAUUCCUGACUCUUUCUUCUCAAGUUUACUUAGUGGAAGAAUAUCAACACUACGGGAUGAAACUGGAGCUAUAUUUAUUGACAGAGACCCAACAGCAUUUGCACCCAUUUUAAACUUUCUUCGAACUAAAGAAUUAGACUUGAGGGGGGUUAACAUAAGUAUCCUGCGACAUGAAGCCGAGUUCUAUGGUAUUACUCCCUUAGUCCGACGAUUACUGCUUUGUGAAGAACUGGAGCGAUCGUCGUGUGGAAGUGUGUUGUUUCAUGGCUACCUCCCUCCACCAGCUCUCCCAGCGCGGAGCAGUGCCGGAGGGCAAGGAGCAGCGGUUGCAGGUUCAGAGGAGCGCUCAGGUCCUGGUGGGGCAGAGGGGGGUUACCCACGUUCUUGCCCUCAGUCUUCUCUCCCUGGACCCUCUGGGGCAGAUGGACAUCAAAGACUGGGAUCACCGGUGGACCCUAGGAAGGUGCUGAUUGUCGCCGGCCAUCAUAACUGGAUCGUAGCAGCUUAUGCUCAUUUUGUCAUAUGCUACAGGAUAAAGGAAUCAUCUGGCUGGCAGCAAGUGUUUUCCAGCCCUUACCUGGACUGGGCCAUUGAGCGUGUGGCACUCAAUGCAAAAGUUGUAGGCGGCCCACAUGGAGAUAAAGACAAAAUGGUGGCAGCAUCGUCAGAGAGCAGCAUUAUAUUGUGGAGUAUCCAGGAUGGAGGGAGCGGAAAUGAAAUAGGUGUGUUCAGUCUUGGAGUACCAGUCGACUCUCUGUUCUUCAUUGGGAGUCAGCUGGUCGCCACCAGUCACACGGGGAAGGUAGGAGUGUGGAACGCUGUCACCCAGCACUGGCAGGUGCAGGAUGUGGUGCCCAUCACAAGCUGUGACACUGCCGGCUCUUUCCUCUUGCUGGGCUGUAACAACGGCUCAAUUUACUAUAUUGACAUGCAGAAGUUUCCGCUGAGAAUGAAGGACAAUGACUUGUUGGUGACAGAGCUGUACCACGACCCAUCGAACGAUGCCAUCACAGCCCUCAGUGUCUACCUGACUCCUAAAACCAGUGUGAGUGGGAACUGGAUUGAGAUCGCCUACGGGACCAGCUCAGGGGCCGUGCGUGUCAUCGUGCAGCAUCCAGAGACCGUUGGAUCUGGUCCACAGCUCUUCCAGACCUUCACUGUCCACCGCAGCCCAGUCACUAAGAUUAUGCUCUCAGAAAAGCAUUUAGUUUCAGUGUGUGCUGACAAUAAUCACGUACGCACAUGGACGGUGACACGCUUCAGAGGCAUGAUCUCCACUCAGCCAGGAUCUACUCCGCUGGCCUCCUUUAAGAUUAUCUCUCUGGAGGAGACGGAGAGCCACAGCAGCUAUUCCUCCGGCAAUGACAUUGGUCCGUUUGGAGAGAGAGAUGACCAACAGGUGUUCAUUCAGAAAGUCAUUCCUAUUACCAACAAACUCUUUGUUCGUCUCUCCUCUACCGGAAAAAGGAUAUGUGAGGUGCAGGCUGUAGAUGGCACCACCAUCACAUGCUUCACAGUGCGAGAGUGUGAAGGCUCGAGCCGCAUGGGCUCCAGACCCCGCCGUUACCUCUUUACUGGACAUGCAAACGGGAGCAUUCAGAUGUGGGACCUCACCACCGCCAUGGACACGGUCAACAAGAGUGAAGACAAAGCCAAGCGGGAACCAGAGGUGGGAGGUCCAACUGAGGAGGAGCUGCUGAAGCUGCUUGACCAAUGUGAUUUGAGCACAUCUCGCUGUGCCACGCCCAACAUCAGCCCCGCCCCCUCCGUGCUGCAGCACAGCCGGCUGCGAGAGUCCUGCUCCAGUCUUCAGCUGCAGGCUCAGGAGCCCAUCCCUGAGACGGCCACGUAUGGAGCCUUGCGGCCGUACCGAGAGAGCCCCCUGCUGGCCCGCGCUCGACGCACCGAGAGCUUCCACAGCUACAGAGACUUCCACGGCAUGAACCUGACCAAGGCCCUGCUGGAGAACCACGGACAGUGCGGCUCCACGGAGGACGAGAUGCGUCAGUCGGCGGGAGAGAACGCCGAGGACCUGGACAAAAGGAACUCCACCUUUGACCUCUGGGGGUCCAGAUCAUCUGAAAGCCACCCUGCAGCCGCACGCAAACCCCCGGACAGCCCCGGAGACCAGCGACGAAGGGCCCAUCCGACGGAGGAAGGCGCUGUAGACUCUAGACAGGAUGGAGGCAGGAGGAGGGGGGCAUUCGAAGCUAAUUUUCUAAGCAGGAAAAAGGCCCCUCCGGUUCCACAGCUGAGCCCCCCACCACCGGCCGGAGCUGAUGGAGGGGGCAGCGACUCGUCCAGCACCGCCUCUCCCUCGCCAACUAAAGUGUCCACUUCCCCACGCCAUCGCAAGGCUCCGGACGCAGCGUGUGAGUGACGCUUUACACAGAUACACAGUAGUCAGUGAAAGGAAAAAGAAAGUAGAUGAACGGAUGAUUUCGAAAGCGAACCGUUUCAGAACGUACACGUGAAGGUUUGGCAGGACGGCAGCCGGCAGCUAAAAAAAAAAACUCACUCACUGUGGACCGAUUUAAAGAGAACGUGCACAAAAACAUGCCAUGUCAAUUUCACCUGUCUGUUAACCAGAUGAAAGAAUAAUUUCACUUCUGUCAGAGAGACGACUCUUCAGCAUUAUGGACCUAAUCCUCUCUUUGCUGUUUUUUUACAGGCUUAAAAAUCUGAUUCAUUUACUUUUCAUUCCUUGGAGGAAAUCCAUAAAGAGUGACUACAUUAAUUAUUAUUCAGUCUUUGUACCCCUGCGCUGCAAAAUUUUAAACAUUUUUAUUGUUUUUGCCCAUUAGAUAGUCCACCCUAAAACGAAAUCGUGAAGAAAAUUUAAAUAAAGAAUAUACUAACCCUCGUGUCGUUUGAAACCCACAGGAUUUUCUUUUGUGGAUCAGCAAAGGAAAAGUUUCUCAGAAUGUUUUUGCUGCUCUCUUCCAUACAACGAAAGCCGAUUUAAUACUUAAUACGAUUUAAUUAAGUUCUGAGGAAUAGAAUUAAAUUUGUCCUUUUUUGCAUUUGCUUUCAUUGUAUUUAAAAGAUCAGUUUCGGCACGACGGCUUUUGUGUUCCACGAAAGAAAGAAAAGCCAAAUAGGGGUUCAGAUGUUGCUAAGGUCUGAAUUAGCAUGCUGACGCCACUGGCCACUAACGGUACCCUCAGCACACCGUGAUGCACUUUACAUCCAUCCCUUUAUAACGAAAGAACGGGACUUCAGCUAAUUAUCAGGUUUGAAGUUCAGGUUAAAAGACUGCAGGAAUCAGAAGCCUUCUUUGACAUAAUCUGUUUCUUUCUUCAUUGAGCCUUUCAGAUGAUUUCUACUCUCUGAACUCUCAGCAUGCGUCCGCAGGGGAUUUUUACUUGCUCUCUCCAUUUUUGGGAUUUAUCCAGUGCCUUUUGCUAAUUUAGAUGCAUACUGCUGCAAGAAAUCAAAAUAGACUGAGCUUUUCUUUCUCUCUUUCUGAUGCGAGUUAGUUGGAUUAUCUCAACUGAUUUAGGUCAAGCUAGGUUUUUACUGGUAGGAUAAGACGCUUAUCAAAACGAAAGAAAUGAGAAAAAAAAGGUUUGUUUUACAGACAGCUGACAGAUUUAAAUGAAAAAAAAAAAGAUUUGUACUAACAGAUUAGCUCUGUAUUUAAAAUGAUACAAUGCAAACGUCUCAUGUCGAAAUUAACAUGAAUAAUGUCAUAAUUGUAUCAUUUGCAUUUUCACUUCUGUUAAGAAUAUAUUGUAAAGAGUUAUUUAUAUUUGACAUGAAGGUAAUUUUGCAUCGUCCACUGAUGAGCAUGGACACUUUCUUUCCAGCCAUUCCACUUUGUGUAAAGGGUAUAUCCUACAAGAGAAAAUGUACAGUAUAUAUAUUUAGCAAUCGGUGAUACAUAUCCAGUAAAGGCUAUUAAUGUAGUUAUAUGUUGCUAAGUGAGAUUAUUAUUGUAAUUGUAACUAAAUGAAUGCCUUUAACGAAGUACUUUAUAUAAAGGAAAAGAGAUCUCAUUAAUGCUAUGCAAUCAGUGAUAGUGCUGACAGGAGGCUUUACAGCCUAAAACAUGAAAAGAAACAGUUGACAACAGCACCAAGCUAGAAAAAUAAAAUAAUACAGUUAAAUCAAAAUCCGUUUCAUUUCUCAAAAUUAUGUUGCUUAUAAAUCUAAUUUCAUAUAAUACAUUUACUAUACAUAUCUGUUGUGAGCAAGCUAAAAUAAAAUAUAUUUCACUGAACAUUGUACUUUUAUCAUCUACUUAUGUCAUUUAUUUGCUCUCUGAGAUGUCUCGGCGUUGGGGAAUAUUUAAUUGACAAUAGUAUGAUUCUUUAUGCUUGCUUUCAGAAAUGCAGCCAUAACCUGAUUUGUGUUUUAAUUUUAUCUUCAGACAAGAGUCUUUAUUUGUGGUUUAUCUAACAAGACUGGCUUACCUGCUGCACAGAUGGUGGCUAUAGGAUGAACGUUUAUGCUACAUGAAGUAUGUAAAAAAAGAAAAUGGUACAUGCACUACAGAUCGGUACUGAGCAUCUGUACAUUUCCGGUGGCACAAUAAAGUAACCAAACAAAGCA